AUGGAGGUACCAUGGGCGCCCUCCCUCGCGGUCCUGCUGGCCACCGCCCUCUUCCUCGUGGCCGCCGUUCUCCUUCGCCACCGGCAGCAAGCGCGCAAGUACAACAUCCCGCCCGGGCCUCGGCCAUGGCCGGUGAUCGGCAAUCUUAACCUCAUAGGCCCCCUGCCACACCACUCCAUCCACGCGCUCUCGGCGCGGUAUGGCCCGCUCAUGUCCCUCCGGUUUGGUUCCUUCCCCAUCGUCGUCGGCUCCUCCCUUGAGGCGGCCGAGUUCAUCCUGAGGACACACGACCUGGCGUUCCUCGACCGGCCCCGGAUGGCCUGCGGCAAGUACACCGUGUACAACUUCUCCGGCAUGCUCUGGUCACACUACGGUCCAUACUGGCGCCAGCUACGCAAGCUAUGGCUGACGGAGCUUCUUAGCGCGAGGCAGCUCAGGCUGACGGAGCACAUCCGUGGCGAGGAGGUGCGCGCCAUGCUGCGCGACCUGCACCCGAGCACCUCCACCGGGCGCACGGUGGUGCUCAAGGACCACCUCCUCAUGGUGACCCUCAACGUCAUCUCGCGCAUGGUGCUUGGCAGGAAGUACGUCGGCGAAGGGGCUAGCUCGGCCUCGGCGGCGAAGCCGGAGGAGUUCAGGUGGAUGAUCGAGGAGAUCUUCUUCCUCAACGGCGCGCCUCAUAUCGGGGACAUGAUCCCGUGGCUUAGCUGGCUAGACCCGCAAGGGUACGUGGGCAGGAUGAAGAGGCUGAGCAAGAUGUUCGACCGAUUCAUCGAGCACGUGCUGCGCGAGCACAACGAGCGGCGGCUGCAAGAGGGCAAGGCGUUCGUCCCCAUGGACAUGGUCGACCUGCUGCUACAGCUCGCCGAUGACCCCACCCUUGAGGUCCCCAUUACUGGCGACGGUGUCAAGGCAGCCGUUCUGGAGGUCAUCGCCGGCGCCACGGACACCUCGGCCGUGACCGUGGAGUGGGCCAUGUCCGAGCUCCUGAGGAAGCCCCGCGUCCUCGCGAAGGUCACCGAGGAGCUGGACCGUGUGGUCGGCCGCGACCGCCUAGUCGCCGAGGGUGACAUCUCCAGCCUCCCGUACCUAGAAGCCGUCGUGAAGGAGACCAUGCGGCUCCACCCUGUGGUACCCCUUCUCAUACCGCGGGUGUCUCGUGAGCACACGUCCGUAGCAGGCUAUGAGAUCCCGGUGGGCACACGCGUGCUCGUCAACGUCUGGGCUAUCGGCCGGGACCCGACUGUGUGGGGGGAGACGGCCGCGGAAUUUCAGCCGGAGCGGUUCCUUGGGAGCAAGGUGGAUGUCAAGGGCCACGACCUGGAACUGCUACCUUUUGGUGCUGGUCGCAGGAUGUGCCCAGCCCACGGCCUCGGGCUCAAGAUGGUUCAGCUGGUGCUGGCAAACUUACUGCACGGCUAUGCGUGGAGACUCCCCGAUGGCGUGGCGGCUGAGGAGCUGAGCAUGGAGGAGAAGUUUGGCAUAUCCGUGUCUCGCAUGCACCACCUCCACGCUAUCCCUGAGCCCAAGCUUCUGGAUCACCUCUAUUUCGGGCCAUGA